AAUCAGAGCGCGUCCUCGGCGCGAGCAUCUCGUUCCGCGCCGCGCAAAAAAAUGUCAUUCUGCCUGAGGCAUGCGAGCUGUGACAAUCGUCGUCUUGGGACUUCUUCUGGUGGUCGAGACCUGGGGCCGCGGCCGGUGGGACCGGAGGGGCCGUUCCCACGAUGGAGGAGCCUGGAGGCGGCUGAACUCGCAGACGAUGAGAAAGGACACCAACGACCUCCUCUACGGACUCACCGAACCCGGCGUGCUCAAGUUGCGGAGGGACAACGACUUGUCCUUGGAGGACGAGUCGUUUGGCACCAACGCAGUCACCACCACGUUCCUCAACGAGGCGAAGGACGAAGAAUUGGCUAGAUUUUUGAAUCUGCUCACUUUGGUGCGAUUUGCGAAUUCCGAAUGCCAGUCAACUGAAGGUUUAAUUGGAUCUUGCUACCCUGACAAUGAGUGCGUUGGCCUUGGCGGCCUCAUUGGGGGCACUUGCGCCAAUGGAUUUGGAGUUUGCUGCGUUUUUAUUGGAACGUGUGGUGAUCGACUGCAAGCAAACGGCAGCUACUUUCAAAGCCCGAAUUUCCCUGACUUAAUGCCUACGUCUAAUCAGCCGCAGUCUUGCUACUUUGAGAUCCUAAAAACCAACCCUUGGGUCACGCAGAUUAGGUUGGACUUUGACUUUUUCGAGCUUGCGAAUCCGACCGGCGGUGAGUGCCAGAAUGACAGAUUGAUCAUCAGUGGCCAGGCUACAGGAAGUCCGGUGCCAGCUAUGUGUGGAAUUAACACAGGACAACAUGUUUACUUUGACCUGCAAAACAAGAGAACGCCAGUACGAUUCACGGUCGUCACCCUGAGCAACAGCAGCGUGAGAGCGAAUAGAAGGUGGCGGAUCAGGCUGACCCAGCUCAAUCCCCGGGAUGUGCCCCUCGCCGCCCCCAGCCACUGUCUUCAGUACUACACGACACCUUCAGGAGUGGUCCAGAGCUUCAAUUACGUGGGCGGCGCUUACACUAAUAACCUCAACUACGUGAUUUGCUUCAAGAAGAUGAGUGGAGCUUGCAGCAUCACUUACCGAAACGUCAAUUCUACUGGGCAGGAAUCACGAUUUCAGAUUGUCAACGUGGAAUCGAACGGACAGAGCAUAGUGCCUAUAAAUCAAGCGGGUGCAGGCGUUUUCAACUGUCCGGAUGACUACAUUGUGGUCAGCGGGGUGCGGCUUUGUGGUGAAAAGCUAAACGAUGCCACCACCAAUAUUGAUUUUACUGUCAAUUCACCAGUGACAGACACGACUUCUGGCCCGUUCAUCCUGCCUUUCCGAACAAAUGCUGGAUCUGUGGGUAGAGGAUUUAGCUUGGUCUACAAUCAAAUUACGUGCGCACUUUCAUAGAAAAUAAGUUUGAAGAUGCAAAGACUUGAAUAAUCAAAAUGGAGAGAAGUGUACGUCUGUUCGAAAUUUAUUUCUCAAGGACUUUAUUGUAGUAAUUUAUUGAAUAACAUGUAUUAUUUUCACC